ACGUCCACUAGCGAAGCAGUUUUUGAAUAAACGUAAAUUAUGAAGCCUUUCUUAAUAGCUUCAGCUUUCGUGAACCUUUUCCAGGUUGUGUACAUGCGUAUUGAACUUGAAGACUUCUUUCCUUAUGGGCCAAGCAAUGGAGAUUCUUCGGUACCACCUAAUGACGAUGGUAGUUCAGAUCGCAUAAAUAUUGCAUUCCCAUUUCCUUUUUUUGAUGAAGAACAUAAUUCUCUGUUUGUAAACACGAAUGGAGUUAUUUCCUUCCUCUCCCAAGUGUCGCAGUUUACACCUGAUCCUUUCCCUCUUGGAAAUAAUCGUCGCCUUAUUACGCCAUUUUGGGCUGAUGUUGAUACAACAAAUGGGGGUAUUGUUUAUUACCGAGAAACUCAAAAGCUUACUGUUCGAACGAAAGUCUCCGAUGAAAUUAGAAAAUAUUUCGUUCGGCAAAGAAGAUUCGCAGCAAAAUGGGUUAUGAUUGUCACUUGGCUGAAUGUAUCUUACUAUGGUGCAGCCUCCACUCGGCGCAACACCUUUCAGGCGAUAUUGGCAACGGACGGAGUAAGCUCAUUUUCAAUAUUUUACUACAACAAAAUUGAAUGGACUUUCGGUCUCCACAAUAGUACCAACAGAAUUCCAGCGCAGGCUGGUUUCAACGCAGGGGAUAACGUUCGAUAUUUUAAUAUUCCAAAAUCACGCACUCCCGCCAUUAUAAACAUCACGUCAACAUCAAACUACAAAAUUCCUGGGAUGUGGAUAUUUCAGGUUGAUGGAGAGACAGUUCGAAAUACCGGAUGUAGAACGGGUGGCGAUUUAGAACUUUCACCGAGGUCAGGAAUUGAAUUAGGAGGAACUGUGGUGUACAUCGCAGGACCGUGUUACGAUGCUUAUAACGACAUUGUUUGCCGCUUCAAUAACGAUAGUGAGUCAGCAGCAGAGCUGAUCGGUCCAGAACAAGCAUACUGCGUCACGCCUCCAUUGAAUAGUACAGGUCUUAUUCCGGUUGAAUUGUCCUUGGAUGGUGGUGUAACAUUCAAUUUUACCGGUACUUUCCGAUCAAUUCCGUUAGGAAGAAAUCCCGGAGACAUAGACGGCCUUGAAAUGAAACGAUGGGUGAACUCAACAAAAACUCUUUUAACUUGGGAUCAAAAUGAUAUCAAUACCACACAUGUUGAUAUUGAAAUAUCUCAAUUCGAUACUUUUGACUUCCAUCUUCACCAUGGUAGCUUUGCAAGUUUUAAAAACAUCAAAAACUCUGGAAGUUAUCUUCUUGAUUUCAGCGAAGAAAGUAGUUCAGGAAAUACAAUAGGGAACCGAAGGCGAAGAAAUAUAAAAUCACAAUCUGCAGUUGCAAUCGUCAGCAUCAUACCAUCCCCAGUUAGAGAGAAACGAUUUAUUAGAAAGGUUUUGAAGUUUGCAAAACGACUUUUUAGCGCUCCAUUUAUUUUAACUCGAACGCAUGUCAGUGAGGCAUAUUGCAGAACUUGGUAUUCACUUCAAGACAAAGAGAAAAUUCAAAAAAUGGCAGAUGAAUUGCCUCCUUGUCCAACAAGUACGCAACAGAUAGAAGUAGACAAUCAAUUUAUAAAAGAUUCAGCUGGUGGUCUCAGUGACUAUUUUCAUCCGGGAAGUACGUCUUGUUAUCGAUCCCGAGACGCUAGUCCAUCGGGUACAGGUCAGCAAUGUUGCUACAAAGGCAACUCACUGUUGGUUGGACCUCCUGGUGGCGGAACAUUUGAUAUUGUAUCUCCUGGAAGUAGUAUUCUAGCUCACUUCGUACGAGAUGUUAUACCUUGGUUUGCUUGCUGCAAAUACUCCAAUUUUGACAACUGUUAUAAAUAUUACGAUGCAAGACCUUCCGAUGAUGGUUCAAGAUAUAUUCCUCCACCGUUUGGUGGCAUAAGAGGUGAUCCUCAUUUUUCAACAUUUGAUGGAACGUUAUACACAUUUAAUGGUCAUGGUGAAUAUAUUCUUCUGAAAGUGAACAAUGGCAAAGACCUCGAGUUUCAAGGACGGAUGGUACCCAUUCACGACGACACAGGAAGAAAAACAAGGGCAACGGCCCUCACCGCAUUUGUUGUUAAAUCAGCACAGAGUGACAUUACACAGGUCGAGUUCAACAGCAGGCGAACCAUAGACGUCUUCAUCAACAGAGAGCGGGUCGUAUUUGACGAACAAACAAGACUUGACUUCACCGGAGUUUUUAUUGUUAAACAAAAUCAAGCCAAAUUCGGAAUAUAUAUGAAUUCAGGAGUUUCAAUUGAUGUCUCAGCAAUAGAAGAUUUCCUGACUUAUGAAAUCUCAGUCCCUGUAAGAUUCAAAGGAAAAACGACUGGUCUUCUUGGGUUUUGGGAUGACAACAAAGAUCGCGAAUUUUUAUUACCAAAUGGAAGUUUUAUUGGCACAAAUUCAAGUUUUCGAAAACUUCACACUGAAUUUGGUCAGAAGUGGAUCGUAGAGAGGAAUAUGACUUUGUUUAAAUACCAUCCUGGAAAGAGUUACAACAGCUUCUCCAAUAAAAACUUCAUACCAGCUUUUCUGGACGAGACCGGGUCGUUAUUCUCUAAUCUUACUUUAGAGCAAGAAGCAAGGCGUAUUUGUGAGGGGAAUGAGGAAUGUUUGUUUGAUAUCGCAAUUACUGGUAAAAAAGAUAUUGGUGAAGCAACAUUACAAUCUUUGAUUAAGAUAAAGAAAAAGAAAAAGUUAUCAAAAAUUGUUGCCAAGCCUAUUAUCUUUGGUUGUGAUGGAGUUGAGAACAGUUGGAAAAAAGUAGAUUUUUGCGGAGAUUGUGGAGGAGACAACUCAACUUGUACAGAUUGUGAAGGUCGCGUUAGACGUGGUUUCCUUAACACAGAAACAUGUGAUGAUAACAAAACAUUGAAGUUUUAUCUUCUUGUCAUUGGUGUUCCAGUUCUUGUUUUGAUUCUUAUCAUUGCAAGUGGUGCAGUGUGCUACUGGGUUAGGAAACCCUCGCGCAUUUUGAGAAAAUCACAUGCCUCGUCUCAUACCAACAAAGCAUAUGGCAUAUCGUAACACCAUAUCUGGUAUACGAGCUAUGCGGGGGUGUUAGAAAACUGUAUUACCGUGUAAAGAAACGUAUUACCGUAGUCUAGUGGGGCGUAUAAGAUAGUUCUGUUAUAACCUAGUUUGAGCAUUUAGCUAGUUAUUACGCCAAUAAGCAUGCCAUAUAUAUGUAGAUUAGAAAGUUAUGGUUUCCUUUUUCAUCUUGAAAAGAAAAUUUUUAACAACAAGUGCAGAUAUUAAAACAUUUGUAAUCCAGGCAUAUUAGUUUGUCAAUGAAUGUU